AGCAUGGAGGAGCGUAAGGAAUUUCACAUUGGAGAGUCCCUGUAUAAGCGGGCAGUACACCAUGAGUCGUUCGAACAGCUAUGGGAAACUAAGUGGAAGGCACCAUGCAAGAUGGGUGUCUACCCGUUCAUGUUUGGCUGCAUCCAGGACUUUGAACCCGUGGUGCAGGCCAUCGUCGAGAAGGGGUUGAAGGAACCGUACGAUUGGGAUGAAUACGCCCAGAUGUUCUUCCCCAAGGCGGAGGAGCUAGCUGCCAUUGCGGAAGCAGCUGAAAAGGAUGGCCAGAGAGAAAAGGCGUCCGAGUAUUACCUACGCAGCUCAGCUGUCUACCGCAUAGCCCGCUUCCCCAUCCCCCGGUCAGAGAAACAGCGCCUUGCCUGGACCAGAGGCAAAGAAGUCUUUUACAAAGGAGCCGCCCUCCUCCCAAACCCCAUCCACGAAGUCCUCAUCCCACACACACACGCCCUCCCACCCCUCGAAUCCCUCACCUCCACAAUCCCCAUCAACCUCCACAUACCGCCCUCCGCCUCCCCCUCCAACCCAGCACCCCUGCUGCUAAUCCUCACCGGACUCGACGGGUACCGCACCGAGUUGGCAGUCUGGCAGCCCGGGUUCAGCGCAAAGGGCGUCGCCACCGCCGUCGUCGAGAUCCCGGGAACAGGCGACAGCCCGGCCGCAGCCAACGACCCUUCUUCCCCUGACCGGCUGUGGUCCUCGGUCCUCGACUGGGUGGCAAACACCCAGCCGGCGAUUGACAAGCGGCGGAUCGUGGUCUGGGGGUUCAGCACGGGCGGAUAUUAUGCCCUGCGCAUGGCGCAUACCCAUGCCAAUCGGCUGCUGGGGGCUGUGAGUUUGGGAGGAGGCGCGGAUCGCAUGUUCGAUCCGGCGUGGCUGGAGCGGGUUGAUCAGUUGGAGUAUCCGUUUGAUUUGAGGGGAGCGUUGGCGGAGAAGUUUGGGUACUCUGGGAAUUUGGAGGGGUUUAUGCGGGAGGCGAGGGAUAAGUUCUCGCUUGUGAGGGACGGGACACUGCAAAAGGAGUGCUGCAAGGUGUUGUUGGUGAAUGGGGAGGGGGAUGAGAUCUUUCCGAUUGAGGAUUUGUGGGCUGCUCUUGAGUAUGGGAUGCCCAAGGCGGCGAGGGUAGUGAAGUGUACGAAGCAUAUGGGUGAGCCCGAGAGCUUUGUGGUUGUGUUGAGGUGGAUAUAUGAGCUGCUUGGGCUGGAGGGGGAUGUUGGCGAUCUGUUGAGGACGUUGCCGAGCAGGAUGAAGUAUUAG